AUGCAAGUCCCGACGUGGUCUUCAGUCUGCGAGCUCGAGCUCUCCCGCUUCAACGAUCGCGACAGAGAUCUACUCACGCCUCUGAAGCAGCAGACACCCAGGCUGACACGACUGUCAUUCCACGAGCUCACGCAUACCAACGACGAACGAUGGGAUAAUAUCUUGUCGGUCAUGGAAGCGCGACUAAGGCUUGAGAACGUGAAGCUCAGCGGGUCGCGCUGUGACGAUGUUCCCGAGCGCAUGAAUCAACUCAUUUUUAGCGUGAUGUCUCCCAGCAGAGAAGAGGAUGACGAUACAGGCCAAGAACGCCCAGACGGUGCCGAGUAA